AUGGAUCAAGCAGAUAUCCCCGCGCUGCUGGCGCGCCUGGCCAGCGAUGAGGACGCCUCACGAAAGAUGGCCGUGUUUAAGCUGCAGAAUUCCAUCAACGAUCCCGCAUUCGCCGACGUCUUUAUAUCCUCGGGCGGCCUGGUCGUCCUCCGCCGGCUCAUCAUGACAGCUGGCGGCAACACGCUCGCAUACUCGCUCCAGAGCUUGACACGCCUGCUCGAGGUGGACAUGGGGUGGGAUAUCUUUGAGGGACCGACAGCCAGCGACCUGGUCGAGCGCGUCGUCGAACUCAUCGUCACGAACCCACUUGUCAACAUCCUGAGGGGUGCCAUGUCCAUCCUCGUCGCCCUCGUCAGCCAUUCCCAGUCCACCAGCCGAACCGCUGCCGCGAACCGAACACCAGGAACCUUUGGCUUCCGCGCGCUGAAGCCCGCCGUCGCGGUGUACCCGCAGUUCUUUGAGCUGGUGAUACAGCAGCUGCAGAGCGCAGAUCAUGCCCUGUGUGCCAACGCUCUGAUGCUGAUCAACGCACUCAUCCGAGACGCCGUGUCGAGCGACAGCACCAUGAGUGGCGGCAAGGCCAACGCGGGUUCCGGGGAGGAGUGGGCCAAGUUUAUCAAGCGGCUGCAGGACCUGGGUCUAAUCAAGGCGGUGUACAAGCUGAUGCAGAGCUCGGCGCUUCAGGAUCUGGCGCACCCUAUGCUGGAGUUCCAGUCGCUAACCAAGGUCCUACUGAGGAAGUGGCGCGAAGUCGACGUUGAUCUGGAGCGGCCAGAGCACCGGCGAGCCCUCAAGGGGCUGCACCUGGCGAGUGCGCCGGAGCGUGUCCCUGUAAACGGGCAUUUCCCGGCGCACGACUUACACGAGGCAUCCGCGAGGAAGGGAAGCAGGCGACACAACCCGGAAAAGUGGAGGAGGCUGGGAUUCGAGACGGAGAGCCCUGCGCAAGAGUUUGACAUGACGGGCUUUUUGGGUAUGAUGGACCUGACGGACUAUGUGCGCAAGAACGAGGAUGGGUUUCAGAAGCUAUUGCUGGAACAGGCAGGGAAGCCUGCAUCCGAACGUUGUCCCGUUGCCAGGGCAAGUUUUGCGGUCACCAUGAUACUGUACGACCACUUCGAUAUCGACAAGACGGAUCUGGACGACGUCAGGGGGUAUCAGUUGUUGGAGGCCAAGGAUCACGAUAGGCUGUUUAGGCCCCUGUUGCUUCAGUGGUCUCGGCUACACACUGCUGGUUUGCAUGCCUUUUUCCGAGUAUGGAAAGUCACGGGCGCGGAGCAAGAGGAUAUCGACAAGGUUGCCGAGCUGGUAAGGAUCCUAGUCGAUCAGGUUGUUGGGGGAGCCACGAGGACCAAGGAUGUGAUGGAGAUGGAGGAAGAGAUGCAAGAAUAUGACAUAUCGCGACUACGAGAUCAGCAGAUGGAGCUACUCGAGAUGUCGUUUGAGGCCACAUGGGGUCAACAUCUACAGCAGGUGAGGGAGGAACUCAAGCAGGAGGCGCUGCAGUUUGUUAAGGAGCAGAGGAUCCGAUGCCUCCUCCAGGGGUCAUGGUUCUCGAAGCCGACACCCAAGCGAGACAACAACGGGACAGCAAAGCACCGACUAUUUACACCUACGCCGUGGCGAUAUGCGAAACUGUCCCACAACCGGCGAUAUCUGCAUUACGCCGACUUUGAGCAGCAGACGGUGCAGGACCCUAAUCUGGACGCCCUCACAGAACGGGUUGAUCUCAGCACUAUCAGCUCAGUCGUUUCUAACGUAUCGGCAAACGAAGACGCCAAGAGCACGAUGAGUGAGGUGGCGGGCAAGAACUCGGGGGCAGUCCCCAAGACGACUACCAAGAUCACCAUCUACAGCUUCGUCAACCCGGCGGAUGCAGCAAGAGGGGCUGAGGCUAAGGAGCAGCCGAUCUUUACGCUAUGGCCGCUGAGCCACAGCUUGGCGUCAGAGUGGCUGGACGGACUGCUGAUGCUGCUGAACCAAGCACCCAUCACUGCCGAGACGAACAAGCUGGUCAACUUGGUGAGCGAGUACGGACUCAAGAUCCGGCUGCUGAACGUGAGGAUGGACUCGGCGUUUGAGGGCCCGGUGCCCGGAGCCGGAGUGAUUCCAAGCCGGGAGGGGCUGGACGAGGAUUACUUCUUCGAGGUGUGA